AUGCAGCCUGUGGCUCGCGCUCUCUCUUCUGAGGAGACUGUUAAUGCCCUGACGGAUCUUACCCAAAGGGCGCAUGCCCUUAUCGCACCUGCUCAGACUAUCAAUAUUGUCAAUACUGUCGAAUAUUCUGUCGGCUAUGGCCCCUUUGUUACAAUCAUCCGUGGCCAGAAGGAUAUCACCGCGGCGGGCUCGAGAUUUAUUUCAGAGCUGGAUGGCACACAGCCGUUCGAGGACUGCACAACUAUUACUAGCACCUUCAAGCAGUUUGUCCGUGUCAACCAGGACUACCUCAACGUCCUCAUUGCCAAGGCAGGCCUCCUCGACAUCGCCCCGCCGACCGUUGGCAAGCCUAUGUCGACUUCGCUCAGAGAAGUCAAGGGCGUUUACGAGCCUAUCAGCACCAGCCUCAUCUCACUCUGCACCUCUACGGCUCCGGAACUCACUUUGCAGGCCAAAAACCUUAAAGAAACCCUCGAUCUUACUAUCCAGAAGUACGAGACGCUCGGACAGCGGUUCCAAAACAACUAA